AUGGCGACGCAGCUGGCGUGGAUUGGAUUGGGGAAUAUGGGACGGGGCAUGUGCAAGAACAUCGUCCAAAAAGCGUCCCUGACCAAGCCGCUGAUCAUCUACAACCGCACGACGGCGCGCGCCACCGCGCUGGCCGAAACGCUCGGCACAAAUAAAACCAAGGUAGCCACGACCGUCGCCGACGCCGUGCAGCCCGCGGAUAUCAUCUUCAUCUGCCUGGGCGAUGACCCGGCGGUCGAGCAGACGAUCCAGGCCGCGCUCGACAGCGGCGAUGUCAAGGGCAAGCUGUUCGUCGACUGCUCGACCAUCCACCCGGACACGACGCGGAGGAUCAACGAGACGCUGCGCGCGCGCGGGGCGUCGUUCGUCGCGUGCCCUGUCUUCGGAGCGCCGGCGUUUGCGGACGCAGGCACGCUGAUCUGCGUUCCGGCCGGACCCAAGGAGGACGUCGAGCGGAUGAAGCCGUACACGGUAGGGGUGAUCGCGCGCGCCAACAUCGACUUCAGCGGCGAGGACGUCGGCAAGGCGGCGACGAUGAAGCUGCUGGGCAACUCAUUCAUCCUAAGCUUCGUCGAGACGCUGGGCGAGGGCAUGGUGCUGGCCGAGAAGUCCGGCCUGGGCGUCGAGCCGCUGAAACAGUGGCUGGAGCUGAUGUUCCCGGGUGCGCUGCCCAAGUAUGCCGUCCGCAUGGAGAGCGGCGACUACUACCAGCGCGAGGAGCCGCUGUUUGCGGUCGAUCUGGCGCGCAAGGACGCGAGGCAUGUCAUGAGUCUGGCCCAGGACGCCGGGAUGCGGCUGCGGAGUGUCGAGGUUGCGGAUAACUACCUGAAGGAGGUGAAGGAGUAUGCGGGCGCCAAGGGCGACAUUGCAGCUAUGUAUGGCGCGAUCCGGAAGGAAUCUGGUCUGAAAUACGAGAACCAGUGA